AUGACAUUGACAAAGUAUCAAAGAGGCGACGCAAUAGAAGGUUGGAAUGACUGUCCAACUCCAAUCUCACUCUCCAAAAACAACUGGCAGAUUUCCUUAUCUGGUGAUGAAAUACGACAGAAACGUGAAGAAUUACAAGAUCAACUAACCAAAGUAUUUGGUCUCCAAUUAUCAUUACCGGAAAGAGAGCGGGAUCAUUACAAGAAUAAACUUCAGAGUCAAAUUCAUGUAGUGAAUCAACAACACCUUCCAUUUAUUGAAACUGUAUUUCGAGAGUUGUUGGGAAAUGAACCAAACUCGUCCAAACUUAAAUCAGAUGUGGUUGAUUAUAUGAUGAAUCAUGACGGAGUAAGUGCAUGGUGUUCACCGUUGAAAAAGAUUGUUUCAAGUGUGCAAAGAUGA